AUGGACUACAUGAAUGAAGUACGGAUUGCAUUCAUGGACGACGCUGCACAGUCUCCAGAUGCAUUGCAUGGCAAAUUCAGAUCCCCAGCGCUCGAUUACUAUCUCUCUGGUUGGAUCACAUAUCCAGUGGCUUUGACGCCAAGGAUCGCGAAGACCUACAAGCGACUCAUGGGGUGGACCUUUAACAUGUGCAGAAUUCAACAUGUUCUGAUAUACUUGUGUUUCUCGAUUGGGCGUGCAUAUCACGACAAACAAUGCAAUGAGCAUGACUGCUGUGGUGCACUGCAGGGUUGUGGUACCGUAGGCGAAGACGUCCAGAAAUUGCUUGACGCAGUCGAUGUCUCUCUGGUGCUUUAG